GCAAGAUGGCGGCGAUACGGACGAUGUGUUAUUGCCAGUGGACAUAAACAGGCAUUUUAUUCAAAAUAUACAACCGAGGCAGAUUCAUUCACACACUCGGUCGCAUCGUGGGUGUGUUUACCGCGCAACGGGCGUCGACGUCUUUUUUAUUCGGCGCGUUUCUCGGUUUUCUUUCUCACACAAUGUUCACGUUGUAGCUCGCUCGCUAACCGACCAGCUGGCUAACAGAGAGCAGUCACUAGCUAGCUAUCUAUCACAGCCAAGCCGCCGUGAAGUGGAGAAUGGGAGAAAAGCUGGAGCUCAAGCUCAAAUCUCCGGUCGGAGCAGAACCCGCUGGUUAUCCCUGGCCAUUACCAGUAUACGAUAAACACCAUGAUGCUGCUCAUGAAAUCAUCGAGACCAUUCGGUGGGUGUGUGAGGAGAUCCCAGACCUCAAACUGGCGAUGGAGAACUACGUACUCAUUGACUACGACACCAAGAGCUUCGAGAGUAUGCAGAGGCUUUGUGACAAGUACAACAGGGCUAUCGACAGCAUUCACCAGCUGUGGAAGGGGACCACCCAGCCCAUGAAGCUGAACAAGCGUCCUUCCAACGGGCUGCUGAGACACAUCCUACAGCAGGUGUACAACCACUCAGUGACAGACCCGGAGAAGCUGAACAACUAUGAGCCCUUCUCCCCUGAGGUGUACGGAGAGACCUCUUUCGACCUGGUUUCUCAGAUCAUCGACGAGAUGGAAAUGAUGGAAGAUGACACCUUUGUUGACCUCGGCAGUGGAGUGGGGCAGGUAGUGCUGCAAGUUGCAGCAGCAACCAACUGUAAACACUACUACGGUGUAGAGAAAGCAGACAUUCCAGCUACCUAUGCAGAGUCCAUGGAUAAAGAGUUUAAAAAGUGGAUGAAAUGGUAUGGGAAGAAACAUGGGGAGUACACACUGGAGAGAGGUGACUUUCUGUCUGAAGAAUGGAAGGAACGGAUCGCCAACACAAGUAUUAUUUUUGUGAAUAACUUUGCCUUUGGUCCAGAAGUAGAUCACCAGCUGAAGGAGCGCUUUGCUAACAUGAAGGAAGGUGGGAAAAUUGUAUCCUCCAAACCUUUUGCACCUUUAAAUUUUAGAAUAAACAGUCGAAACUUGAGUGAUAUUGGCACAAUAAUGCGUGUGGUGGAGCUUUCUCCACUCAGGGGCUCUGUGUCCUGGACUGGAAAGCCAGUUUCCUACUACCUGCAUACCAUAGACCGCACCAUACUUGAAAACUAUUUUGCUAGUCUCAAAAAUCCUAAACUCAGGGAAGAGCAAGAGGCAGCUAGGCGACGUCAGCAGAAGGAUACGAAGGACAGUAAAAGCAAUAGCACCACGCCCACAAAACCGAAAGAACAAAACAAGCAGGACUCCUGUGGUGAGGAGGAGCGUCCUAGCUUGGUGACAGUGGUCAAGCCUUCUGCCAAACCCCGAAGAGCCCGCCUCCUCUCAAAAGGUCGCAAGUUGAACAACAAGAAACGUGGUCGACCCAAGAAAGCUGCCCCGGCUGCUGAGAAGAAAAACAAGAAAAAUCAGAGUGCUUUGGAUUUGCUGCACGCAAAGACCCUUUCUGCAGCACCCCCUCAGGAUGCAUACCGGCCACCUCAGAGUCCGUUCUACCACCUACCUCCCAAGGUCCAGCACUAUCCCCCUAGUCAACUGUUGUUGAGCCCGACUCCUCCUGGUCUGCAACAACUGCUUGAUAACAUCAAAGUCCAAUACCUCCAGUUUAUGGCCCACAUGAAGACUCCUCAGUACCGCUCCAACCUGCAGCAGCUUUUAGAGCAGGAGAAGCAAAAACACAGGGACCUGUCGGGGCAAGCAGAGCAGCUUCACUCUGUCUGUCAGUCUCACAAGGUUAAGAUCAAAGGUCUCUUUCAGACCAAACUAGAUGAGUUGGGAGUGAAAGCAUUGACAGUGGAGGACCUGCUGCAGGCCCAGAAGGAGAUUUCAGCCCACAAUCGUCAGCUGAAAGAGCAGACAAAGCAGCUUGAGAGAGACAUGGCCUUGCUGAGAGACCACAGCCUGCUACUGCUGAAGUCCCGAUGUGAGGAACUAAAGCUAGACUGGGGCUCUUUGUGUCUGGAGAGUUUGUUGAAGGAGAAGCAGGCACUACGUAGACAAAUCUCUGAGAAACAGAGACACUGCUUGGAGCUGCAGAUCAGCAUUGUGGAGCUGGAGAAAAGUCAAAGGCAGCAGGAGCUGCUUCAGCUCAAAUCCUACAGCCCCUGUGAUGGCUCCCCAUACAGAAAGAGCCUGGAAUCGCGCUCUUCCACAGACAUGGACUCUUCUAAGCUUGGCCUGUCCUCAGCCCCAGCCCUCAAUGGUGUCAGCCCAGAGCUGUCUAUCAAUGGCACCAGCUCACCCUGUUUUGACCGGGCCAACACCAAGGGGGAGCUUCUUUCUCGCUACCUGCCCAUCUCCCCGGACCAUGAAAUUGUACCCGCCACCCCUGAUGCCCGGCAGAGGCAGCAAAGUUCCUCCUACGCUCUUCCUGAUUACACACGCUUCUCCCCUGCCAAGAUUGCCUUGCGGAGGCAUCUUAACCAAGACCCCACUGCCUCGGCUCACUUGAGAGGUCCAGGGCUGACCGCACACAGGGAAUUGGGUGCUGUUAACUCUCCACUUGGAGUCAAACAGAACUGCCCCUCUCCAAAUGCAUCUGAUGCCCAGAAUACUCCUAAAAGUUCUGAGAGGGGUGGGAAGGAGAGGAGCCCGUCUGUUCAAGGUGACAACAGCAUUACCAGCCUUCCAAUAAGUAUCCCUCUGAGCACUGUCCACCCAAGUAAAUUACCAGUCAGCAUCCCUCUGGCCAGCGUGGUGUUGCCCAGUCGUGCUGAGAGACUGAGAAGUACUCCGAGUCCUGUGUCUCAGGCAGGUCAGACCAACGGAUAUUCAGGUUUGAUGAAUGGAGGUCCCCAUCCUGAGGACUAUAACGGUGCUUCUUCAUCACCUCCUCCACACAACAGCACUCUGUUGACAGGACCAAUGGGCCGAGGAGGUCCCAUUCAGAGCCCUCCGCUCGGCACUGGAGGGGUGCUCCAGUAUGCAGAUGGACCCCCAAGGAUUCUUCCAGAAGAUGGACAGGAUCACCAGGGCGGUGAAUCCGACGCGGAGCCCCAGGACAGUGAACUGCGGAGGAGAAUCUUCUUCUCUUCUUCCUCCUCUUCAUCCUCGUCUUCCUCUUCAUCAGGCAGUGGAGGCAGCGCGGCCGGAGGAUCACGCCUCCACCAUCACACUGGCAACUCAGCCAAGCAGGGAUACCACAGUAACCAUGGAAACCACCACCACCAGUCCCCCGGCACCCAACACACUCACCCACCCACACAUACGUCGUCAUCACACUCCUCUCACAGCCUGGGCUCUCAAGAGGGACGUAAGCGGGGGAGAAGGAAGCGCAGCUCCACAGUGGCUACUGUCACGGCCAGCGGAUCCCCAAAGAGGAGGUCAUUCCCCGGGCUCAGCUCCAACAACCACUCCUCAGGAUCACCACUCAACAUUAACUCCAUGGUGAGCAACAUCAACCAGCCUCUGGAGAUCUCUGCCAUCUCCUCCCCAGAACAGUCAAGCCGCAGCCCCAAUGGACCUGACUUGGACCAGCCCCCCGUCUUGAAGAGAGAGCGCCCCCUGGAGCUCAAUGGCACAGGUCGUUAUUCCUCAGCCCCCAGCUCUGAUGACGAGGACUCAGGAUACCCUGCCGACAGCUCCAGUUCGCGAAUUGAAAGAAAAAUCGCCACUAUAUCCUUGGAGAGCAGAGAUGGACCUGGUAGACUAGGGGACGGUGAAAGAGGCAGGAAAUCUGGUAGCAGCAGUGGUAACAGCACAGGCAGCGAGGCCUCCUCUUCGUCCUCCUUGUCCUCUAACAGCAAGUGGAAAUCCACCUUUUCGCCAAUUUCCGACCCCAAACAACCCAACUCUGAUCUGAGACAGGGGGGUUCUCCAUUUGGCAUGGGGGGGUCAAGCCGGGGCACAGACUCAGAUUCUGACCACAAACAACAGCAUCAGCAGGUGAGGAAAGGGAGUGAUGGAGAGUGUUCCAGCUACAUGACCGCCAACCCCUUCCUCAGUCAGGAGUCAGGGACCCGGGGUGGAGGUAGCGGCGGUGGUGGUGGUGCCCAGGGAGGCAGUGGUUCAGACCAACGCCAGGCCCUUCAGAAGCAGAAGGCCCCUCGUGACUGGGAGAUGAAGACGAGCAGCAGCAUGGCCAGUCAGAACCUCUUCAUAUCUGCCGCUGCCAGCAGUGGAGGGGGCAUACUGAGUGGGAAGGUGGGAGGCAGUCCUGUAGCAGUUUCCUCAACCACAGGGUCUGUGGGACAGUACCUGGGGUCUCAGUUUCCACUUGGCGGGACCUCAGUGUUACAGUCCUUAUUCGGAGCCCAAACCGGCGGAUCCACGGUGAGUGGGACCCCGCGGCUCGUCAACGGACACUCUGCCCUGGGAAGCUUCUCCAGUGCUGGGCUGGCAGGGGGAGCAGCUGGAGGUAAUUGAUGAAAACUACCUCAACAUUAAAUAAACUAUGCAAAUGUCCAGGUGUGGACCAAGGCACUCUCCUCACUCACUGGUGCUUCGAAACGUCUGCACUACCCAACCGCCUCCAAGACCGGCUUCUGUACUGGGAUCUCUGAAACACACACACUCACACACUCACACACUCACACACUCACACACUCACACACUCACACACUC